GAAGACAACACGGAAGUAGCACAUAACUUGUCAACAAGGCAGGCCGACUGACAUGGCGAAGUCUUCCUGAACACAGCCUCUUAAAAUGGCGCUUCUCUGACAAACAUUUUUACUUUCGCUUCUUUUGAACCUUCGUUUUUUUUUCAUGGUUUCCAGCUUUUCAGAGGAGAAGCACCACCACAAUGACAGUCACUUACAACCUCAGUUCUCUCCUACUACUCUGUAUAAUAGCAUACGGUCGUUUUGAAUCCGCCUUUGGCUCUGCUCAUUGUGGGCAUUCCUUUCAAGUUGUGGACAGCAAAUGGGGAGAGAUCAGGAGUUCGGCUUACCACAGCUGGUCGUACCGUUUUGGUUCUACCUACGACUGCUGGGUCAUCAAGGGUCAGGAGGGAGAACCUGUUGUUCUCAGUUUUUCACAGUUUGCUGUGCGGUGUAAGAAGGAAUGGAUCUCCGUGAAAUCAUCAGCUGGCGGCGAGCCUUAUGUCCUUUGUGGCUCCAAGUUGCCACAGCCCAUGGAGUUCCCAGGGGGAAACAUUACAGUGAUGCACCAUUUCCUCCCCCAUCUGUUCCCUGUGUCAUCGUUUCGACUGAACUUCGCCAGAGACACUGGUGAAUGCCCAGAGACAUCCUUUCAGUGCCUAGGGGGCCGCUGCCUUCCUCCCUCCUGGCGCUGUAACGGCCAGGUGGAGUGCAUCAAUGAGGGCAUCGGCCUCGGCACAGACGAAGAGGACUGCGAUGGUAAGGUGGAUAACCCAGAUCUCCACAGAGAUUCGGGGUACAGCAGGAUCCAGUCAGAAGUGACCACUGCGGAGACUUACACAGACAACAAUCACGACAGAGACUCAGAGAGGCACACGGCAUUAGAUAGAAACCGGAGUCCCGACGAUGAGUCUGAUCUGUGGGCGCUGCUGAGGGAGAAGGAGGAGGAGGAGGCGCAGGUGAAUCGAGAGCAGGCUCAGGCUCACAGGGAGGUGGUGACGCCCGCUCCCAUCGAGUGGCCCUGUGGAGGACUUCUCCAGACCUUCUAUGGGACCUUCUCCCCUCCGGCCAUCAGGGGCCCGGCUCUGUACUGCGUGUGGACCCUGGACCCUCAGGACUCCAGGCCCCUGAGACUGGACCUGCAGCAGCUGGAACUGGGACCGGGAGACACACUCACUGUGCACAACAGACAGCAAGGCACAGGGACGUCAUCAAAAUUGUGAAUCAACAGUGUCUCCAAUUACAAAUUAGUUCAGGUGGAGUCGCGGACUGGCCUGUUGUCGCUGACGUAUCAAACUCUUCCCGGCUCGGAAGGGAAAGGAUUCAACGCUACAUUCCGCGUCGGAGGCUACUGCCCACCAUGGGAGGGCCGGUGCGGGGGACCAGCAGGGGGCUGCUACACUCAGGAACAAGCCUGCGAUGGAAGAUGGGACUGUCCUGAGACGGGGAGGGACGAGCAGGGCUGCAGGGGCUGCAGCCGUAACCAGUUUGCCUGUGGAGGGGCAGGGCCCAAGGCGCUGGCAGCCAGCCACUUUGUUGGCAGGCCGGUGUGCUACCCAGUCAAGGAGAGAUGCAACUACCAGCUUUACUGUGCUGACGGCAGCGAUGAGAGGGACUGCAGCGUGUGCCAGCCUGGCACCUUCCAUUGUGACAGCGAUAGGUGUGUGUUUGAGAGCUGGCGCUGUGAUGGACAGGUGGACUGUAAGGACGGAACGGAUGAGCUCAACUGCACCGUCAUUCUGCCCCGCAAGGUCAUCACCGCGGCAACGGUGGGCAGCCUGGUCUGCGGGCUGCUGCUGGUCAUUGCCAUGGGCUGCACCUGCAAACUGUACUCUCUCAGGACCAGGGAGUACAGUAUGUUUGCUCCGAUCAGCCGUCAGGAAGCGGAGCUGAUCCAGCAGCAGGCUCCUCCCUCCUAUGGCCAGCUGAUCGCCCAGGGCAUCAUCCCCCCAGUGGAGGACUUCCCCACUGAAAACCCCAAUGAGACCUCCUCUUUGUCUCUGAGGGGGAUCCUCCAGCUCCUACGUCAGGACCCCGGGAGUUCCCCGCACCGCAGGCGCAGGCCUCGAUUUGUCCGCCGGGCCGUCCGCCGUAUGAGGAGGUGGGGCUUAAUCCCCAGACCUCCUUCCAGGCCCGCUCAGGCAUCAAGCUCUACCCAGCAGCAGCAAUCGGACGCCGCCCCUCCUGGUCAGGAAGCCGCUCAGUCCACUCCAACUAGCUCCUCUUCGGCCGUGGAGGCAGCCAAUCAGCCGGUGCCGCAGAAACUCGGCUUGCUGGCUCAGACAGAACAACAACAACAGCAGCAGCAGGAAUCAGCACCUCCUCCGCCUCCCGUCUCCUCCCCGCCUCCGCCUCCAUACGCUCCCCCGACCCCAUCCCCAGACACACCCCAGACCCCCCCUGUGGCCGUCCCGCCAAGCAGCCCCUCUCUGUCCUCUAUCUUCCACACGCUGGGCCUGAGCAUCUCCCUUUUCAGGGCCUCGCCGUCUUCCUCCUCCACCAACUCCAUGCCCCUCUCCGCCUCCCCCUCCUUCUCUUCCUCCUCGUCCUCCUCCGACGACGAGGUGCUGCUCAUCCCCCUGUCCGAAGACACCACCUCGGAGGACGACGUGCCCAUGCUCACUUGAUUGAACACCCCACCCCCACCCUUUUAUCCUGCACCCCCGUCUCCCUCACCCACUGAUAACUCAGUCUUUCCACAUUUGUUUGAACUUGAGCACAAGAGCGGGCGAGGCUCCCCCUCACAGUGCAAGUCUGGUGCCUUUGAAAUUGUUUUGUGUUGGAUUUGCUGACUUAUCGAAUCUAGUAUUUGAUUUUUUUUUUUUUUUUUAAAUGCUAUCAAGACCUCCUAAAGAAAGUAUGAGAGAGAAAUGAUGUGGUUGGUGUGUGUGUUGGUGUGGGUGUGUAUUGGACAUGCACUUAAACAUGCUAGGCUGUAAUUUGAAGGAGGUGAACUUUGCACAGAAAAAUCUUCCCUAUCCCGAUACUAAGCCUACUGUCAAAACUGAAUGAUUAGUUUUUAGAUAACAUGAAAAUGAAAAUUUGUAUGACUGCAUAUGUGUGAGUGCAUGUGCAUUUUAGUGUUUUUGGAAGUCUUAACGUAGACAGUGGAGUGUGUUUGUAGAUCUAUGCGGAUUGUCUCCACUCAUCUUCUGCCACUAGCACCCUGUCUCAUGUUAUUUCACAAGAUAUUCUAGAUGGAAGUCAUUUCCCGUAUUUAAGUGCCUUUUGAGGAGUCUCCAUUGGAAAGGAAAUAUCCAAACGAUUGCUGAGAUACACACACUGCACACUGAAACAUACAGAGGCACACGUUUUCUCACACCAUAGCACGCACAGACUGCAUCAGUUGCUUUUUGUAAUGCAUGUCUGCUCUGCAAGCUGGCAAUAAUAAUGUUUGGGGACCCCAAUUUUAGUGUGUGUAUGAGUAUGUGUGUGUGUGUGUGUUCCGGAUGCACAUGGAUACACUUCCCAAGUGAAUGUAUUUAAUCUGUGUCUCAAAAAGCAAACAUGUCACAAGACAAUCUCUUCGGUGCCUGAGGUAAAGUGUGUGUCAGGAAGAUGAGGCGCCCUGGUGACAGAGGGGGCCACAAUUUCACAAAAAAAAAAAACAACAAAAACUAAAAAAAAAAAACAACAACCUCAACUUGAAUCUUCAGCUCCUGAGGGUUAAUCGAAUUGAAUUCUUUCACAUUUUGACACAGCAGACGUGUAGUGUGCCAUUUGCAUUAUUGUACUUUAAUAUUGUUUUAUUUUAUUUUAUUUUAGCAAGUUACUUAUCUUUUUUUUCCCCUUAAACUGUUGUGUUUACUUUGCUUUGUUGAAUGUAUUAGGAUGGAAGCGGAGGUGUCGGAGGUUUUAGAUUUACAAUGUAUUGAGGUAAGAGAGAAAGUGAUUUUAUGAUUUAAGUAGGGUCAAAUUCACUGUACAUAAGUAAAUAUGUGGCUGAAAUUAAACAAUUUGCACUUUUA